UCCACAUUAAAAUACACACGAAGAAGAAACCGGGAAGUGACGUUUGGUGCAGAAUCAAAACAGUUAAUGUUUGACAGCCCAUUCGAUCUGCAAAACGCUGAUAAAAUGCCAUGGAGAAUGUUACUGCUGCUGUCAGAAAUGACCCGCCCUGUUUAGACGACUUCUUUAAAAAGCGAAGCCGCGUUUUAUUGGACUGUCAGGAAUGGUAACCCGAGGAAAAGGCUCUUUCGGCUAGUUUAUCUGGUAGCAGUUGCAGCUGUUCCUACGCUAGCCGCUGGUUAGCUUCCCCGGCUCCAUGGAUCUAUGGGCUGAACAUUACCAUAUAUAGACCGGCCACGGAGCUCCCUCACCGGGGAAAUGUAAACGGUGACUCGCUGAGGAGGCUGACAAAGGGCAAGCAUAAACAAAACUCAGCCUGGAAUAUAAAAACACUCCCGGCCUCACCAUGUCAUCUGACCAGAUUAUUGCCAUCGUCGUGGAGGACAAGAUCUACGAGGUGAACAAGAAGAAGCUGAUCGAGAAGAGCGACUACUUCCGCGCCUUGUACAGCUCCGGGAUGAGGGAGUCCACGGAGGACUCUGUGCAGCUGCAGGGGCUCAGCGUCCCCGGUCUGGAGCUGGUCCUGGAGUUCAUCAACACCUCCAAAGUCCAGGUAGUCAACGAGACCUUGGAGGACCUGAUCGAGACAGCCUCCUUCUUACAGGUCACCUCCAUCCUUAAGCUCCUCACCUCGGAGAUCCGGCUGGACAACUGCGUGGAGCUGUACAGUCUCUCUGAGGUGUACGGGACUCAUGACCUGCGUAACGCCUGCCUCAAGUACAUGAGCUGCUACUUCCACCCCAUGCUGAGGCGACCUGAGUUCGGCAGCCUUUCCUCUGCCGUCAGGGACCAGGUCAGGGAGAUGAGGAUGAAAGGCACCGCCACCCUGGUGGCCAUCGGAGACUUCACCUGUCUGUCCCUGGACGUCCCCGACCAGGACGAGCCCUGGUCCAUGCUGAGGUACGGGGAGGUGGAGCAGCGCUGGAAGCCGCUGGCCAACAACCUGCCUCCAGACAUGAUCAACGUCAGAGGGUACGGCUCGGCCGUGCUCGAUAACUACCUGUUCAUAGUCGGCGGCUACAGGAUGACGAGUCAGGAGAUCUCUGCUGUGCACUGCUACAACCCCUGCAGGAACGAGUGGAACCAGGUGGCUCCGCUCAACCAGAAGAGGUCCAACUUCAAGCUGAUGGCGGUCCAGGGGAAGCUGUACGCUGUGGGAGGCCAGUGUCUGGGAACGGUGGAGUGCUACAGCCCCGAGCAGGACUGGUGGACCUGCGUGUCCUCGAUGCCCGAUCCGCUGGCCGAGUUCUCAGCUUGCGAGUGUCAGGGGAUGAUCUACGUCAUGGGCGGAUACACGGCCAGAGACAGGAACACCAACGUCCUCUGCUACUGCCCCACCUCUGACACCUGGACGGUCUUCCGGUCCUGCUCGGCCCACAUCCGCAAGCAGCAGAUGCUGUCGGUGGAGGACACCAUCUACCUGGUGGGCGGUUACACCCACGAGCUGGAGGCAGGCCGGCGGCAGCAGCGGCGUCCCAGCCAGACGGAGGACGUCCUGACGGUGCAGUCCUACAACGUCACCACGGGGGAGUGGAUCCAGCUGAAGGAGAACACGUCCAAGUCGGGUCUGAACCUGACGUGCACGCUGCACAACGACGGCAUCUACAUAAUGAGCCGCGACGUCAGCCUGCCCACCAGCCUGGAGCACCGCGUCUUUCUCAAGUACAACAUCUUCUCGGAUGCGUGGGAGGCGUUCAGGCGCUUCCCGGCCCUGGGGCAGAACAUGCUGCUGUGUUCGCUGUACCUCCCCAACGUCCUCUGAUGGACAGGACGGGAUGGAGAGACCUGAGCGGUUAGAGGAGCCCAGGAGGCUUCAACAGGCCGGCCGUGUGGUUUAUGGUUGUAUUGUUGUGGCAUUAGCGGGAACAGUGUGUGGUGGUUGCCAGGUCGAUCGCCUCGUGACCUCUGUGCCUCAAAACAAACGCACUACAUUGUACAUACUGCUGUGGAUGCAAACAGGAAAAGCUAAAAUGACGAGAAUGAAAGCGAUGCAGAACCAAGGCCCGUAGGUUCCCUGUGUCGUUUUUGUCAUUUUGUGUCUCAGUUUUGUCAUUUCUAAUCUCUGUUUUGUCAUUUUGUCUUUCGUUUGUCGUUUCCUGUCUGGUUUUUGUCAUUUUGUGUCUCAAUUUUGUCAAUUUGUGUCAUAUUUUUGUUGUUUCAUGUCUCAUUUUUGCCAUUUUCUGUCUCGUUUUCGUCAUUUUGUGUCUCAUUUUUAUCAUUUUGUGUCUCGGUUUUGUCGUUUUCUGCCAGUUUUUGUCAUUUCGUGCCUUGUUUUUGUUCUUUCGUGCCUCUUUUUUCCAUUUUGUGUCUCGUUGUUGUCGUUUGCGGCUUUAUAUUGUUGCGCUGCUGUGGCAUUAGCGGGAACAGUGUGUGGUGGUUGCCAGGUCAAUCGCCUCAUGAACUCUGUGCCUCAAAACACUACAUUGUACAUACUGCUGUGGAUGCAAAUACAAAAAGCUAAAAUGACGAGUAUGAAAGCGAUGCAGCACUACUGAGCCCAGUUUGUGCCUCACAUGUGUCAUCUUUAACCGUUUGUUUCUUUGAUAAAACCCACAUCACUCGCUGUGAACCACAAACCCUCUUUAAACCAUCCGGAUGAAGACUUAUUGUCUGUUUGACAUCUUUUUCGACUUCUUACCCCCCACACGGCUGCCAUUUUUGUUGGUUUAUUGAUGUGAAACGUAGGGAAGUUAAUUGAGAAAACCUUUUUUAACGGAAUAUUUUUUCAUCUAGAUGGUUAAAGGUGCGGUGUGAAGGGUUUCCUGACAUCCAGCAGUGAGAUUACAGAUUGAAACCAAUCCCUCAUUUUCUCCUUCAGGGUGUCAAACUCAUCUGAGUUCAGUUCCACAUUCAGCCCCAUCUGAUCUCAAGUGAUCCGGACCAGUAAAAUGACAGAACAAUAAUCAAAAAAUAACCACAACUCUUAAUUUUUCCUUUGUUUUAGCACAAAAAAAAGCUAUGUUCUGGAAAAGUCUACAUUUAAGGAAUUAUCUUUUUAAAAACAUCAUGAAUACUCUGAAAUUUCUUAAAAUAAAUUAAAUUCAAAAACCCUGAAAAAAAAUGACAAAAGCGAGAAACAAAACGACAAAAAAAGUCAAACACCACAAGCGAGACAAAAAAAGACAAAAUGACACAAAUGAUACUCGAAACAACGAAUAAAGUGAAACAAGAUGACAAAAUAAGACAAAAACACAAACGAGACAAAAAGGAAACAACAAAAACGUGAGACAAACGACAGAAGUCAGACAAAAAACGACAAAAUAUUACAAAAAUUAGACACAAAAGAACAAUCUAAUAUUUUACUUUAUGAUCAAAACAACUUGUAAUUGUCUAGAAACUAUUUUAAAAUUUACAGUUUUACUAAUUUACAAUCUGCAGUUCAUGUCUUCUCUGUAAUUUUUACACUUUGAGGGCCGGAUUGGACCCUCUGGAGGACCGCUUUUGGCCCACAGGCCGCAUGUUUGACACCCACAAUCUAGGAGAACCAAUUUACUCAGUUUGUAACACGACUUACUAAAUUGUUGAUUUCUAAUGCUGCAGUUAUUCAGAAUAUCAAUAAAUUGGAAACCAAAGUGUGAGCAGAUGCGGCCAAGAAAUUACGUCUCGUUUUAUUGGUUUCUGUCUUGUUUUUGUCAAUUUUGUGUCUUGAUUUUUGUCAGUGUGUCUCGUUUUUGUCAUUUACAUCCCAUUUCUCCAAGAGGUUCCCUGUAACUAUACACUGGAUCUUGCAGAGUUUGCUGUUGUUCUACUUCCAGAGCAGCUGUGGAUGUUUUUAAGGACUUCCUGGAUAAACGCAUGAGAGGCACUAACGAGGGCGACAUAACGGCAUGCUUUCAAACCUAUGGGCCACAAUAUUCCUGAAGUUUACACUCCAAUUAUGGCAUUGGCGUACAUGUUUAUCCAUAAUUCACUACUAACCUUAAAACACAUAUCCUGUCUUUCUGUACUGUACAUAGCAGAUAAUCAUAAAUAUGGCUUUGGUUUUACACUGCCAGGUUUAUGGGGAUUAGAAGCGACAGUUCUGGGACUGAAGCGGCUCAGAGGGAGCUUCAUGUGUCGUACGUGCACUCGCACACUUGUCUUAUUUCUUCAGAGAAACACUAAGCAAAGCUUAAAGCGCAAUUCCAUGAACCGAUCGAUGCACAUGUGCCUUCUGCAACCUCAGAUAAUAGGAGAAAAAAAGCACAAAAUCCAAGACUUACAUUGCCAGCAACUGACCAAAACUGCUGUGUUUGAUUUCUUUUUUUUCUUUCUGCUAAAGCAGAGUUUGUUUUUAUGAAGGUACUUUUCGGUACCUUGAGAAGUGAGCCGAUGAUGGUAAAAUUAAUUCCUUAAAGUGUUGGAUAAACACGGUACUUGUGGUGUUUGAUUUGGUGGAUUUCAGCUUCUCUCUGCAUUACUUGUUUGUUUGACGGUUUGGAAAUUGAAGUCAUGACAAUAAAGAUGAUGUUCAGGGGUCCAAAGA